AUGACUAAAAGAGGUGGAAAAGCUAAGGUAUUAGCACCAGGAAAACUUCAAGAAGAACGAAAUCGCAUAAUUAACAAGAAGCAUAUCGUUAGGAAACCUGCUCAAACAACAUUGUCUAUGCAGGAUGCAUCAUCGGCACCAACACCAGCUCAGGCAGCACCGUCCGUGCAGGUUGCAUCGUCGAUGCCGACAUCAGCUUCGAAAAAAUCAUCUGUGCAGGCUGCAUCGUCGAUGCCAACACCAGCUCAGGAAGCAUCGUCCGUGCAGGUUGCAUCAUCAAUGCCAACAUCAGCUUCUAAAAAAUCGUGUGUGCAGGCUGCAUCGUUGAUGCCAACACCAGCUCAGGCAGCAUCGUCCGUGCAGGCUGCAUCGUCGAUGCCAACACCAGCUCCAACUGUAGUACCUGUUCAUGCCACUACCUCUGAGAAAUUCAGUUUUAUGCCUACUCCAACUUUAAGCCAUCAAACAAUGGCUGGCCCUCAAAGUAUAAACCUUCAAACAAUGGCUAGCCCUUCAAAUUUGGCAGAGGAGGAAGAUGUGGAUGCUGAUGAGGAUGAGGCGGUGGGUCAAGAAACUAUUACCCCUCUUGUGCCAACAAUAGAUGAGAAUGGGAAAGUUAUUAUAAAACCAUCUGGUACUGGGCUAGUUCCUGCCAAAGAAGUUGCUGGUGCCAUUAAUUAUGCGAUACGCAAACAAUUUUAUAAACCUAUACAUCAUUGGUCUGCACUCGAUCCUGAUACGAAAGCUGAUUGGUUUAAGUUGUUUGGAGAGAAGGUUUCGUGGGAUCCUUUCGAUCAUGCAUUUGUCUAUAGCGCAUUUGAAAAAAAAGGAAGAAAACGAUUAAACGACAUGUUGGGGAAGGCGAGGAGAAAAGGGACUCGACCUUCAUGGAUUAGUGAUGAUGCUUGGGUUGAACUUCAAACUUAUUGGAAAAAGACCGAGUUUUUGGCUGUGUCUUCUCAAAACAAGACCAAUCGAGCUUCCGCAAGAGGCGGAGCAGUCCACACCACAGGCCGUAAGGCUCAUAUUGAUGUUGCACUUCAACUUUCACGUGAACUUCAAAGGGAUCUGCGUCCCGAUGAGUUAUUUUUAAAAACACACAAGAGGAAAAAUGGUGAAUGGGUUGACAGUCGUGCUGCAUCUACUUAUUGUUUUGAGAAAGGUUAUGCAGAUAGGAUUCAGGUUUUUUCUACUGAUUUUAUUGAUGAGGAUUUCGUUGAUGCUUGUGCUGUUUUUUAUGAAAUUGAAACGCAGGUUGAAAAAUCAAUUAGGAAACUAACUAUUACUAACUAUGUGAUUUGGAAGUGUUUCAGACUGAAGACUUUUAAAGAGAAGUUUGAUGCAGAACUUCAGCCAACUGAAGAAGGGAAUGGAGAGGUUGUUCAGGUGUUAGAUGGAGAGCGUGUAAAUCAGCUAUGGACAGAGGCUGCUGGGGGCCGUAACCGUGGUCGGGUUUAUGGCGCUGCAGAUUUAGCUAUUAAUCUAAAACGUGGAUCAAAAAGUUUUACCCAACAAUCUCAAACUCCUCAACACUCUAUGUUUGAGAUGUCAUUAGAAGCUGAAAGAGCAGCUAGAAUUAGAGCUGAACAAAUUGCCGAGGCUGCAACGACCCAAUUACAAGAGGCUAACGAAGCAAUGCGAGCUGCUACCGAGGCUGCAAAAGCUGCUACCGAGACUGCACAAAGGAUGGAGAGGGAGAUGAAUGCUUGGAAGGAAUUUAUGAUGAAGAAAUUUGACACUUCAACUUUUGUAUCACAUUCUCAUCAUUAUGAUGACGAUUUGGAUGAUCAAUCAUUAGAUGAAGAUUGA